UACUGAAUGCGUUUUCCCGGAGUAAGGUCAUGAAGAAGAAGAAGAAGAGCAUUGCGGAAGCAGCCUGCCCUGCAACCACCCUCCAGAUAAGCGUGCACGCGCGACAUUGAACGAUUAUGGCUGCAGGUUGUGUGCGGCAACUGCUUUGUCAUGCAGUCCAAAUGGUGAAUGGGGGCACUCCAGGCUCUUGGACACCAGCAUUGAGGAUUCUUAGGUGUGAAAAGAGCAGCAUCUUUGCUAAGCCUUGGAGAUGGUCUUCCUUCUGCACAGAUGCGGAUGACUCAAACCAAACUCCUGCAGUGAAGAAAAAAAAGCAGGAUCCUCGGGCUCGUACCACAAUCACCAGUGUCGGCCGGAAAAUCCCGCAGCGCCAGAUCCAAGUCAUCAGUGAGGAAGGGGAAAACUUGGGUGUCCUCCACCGCGCAAAUGUGCUCAGAAUCAUGGAUGAGAAGGGCCUCAAACUGGUGGUACUCAGUGAACGUCAGGAUCCUCCGGUGUAUCGUCUGAUGAGUGGGAAACAAAUCCACGAAGAACAGAUGAAAAUGUGGGAAAAACAGAAAGCCAAGGCAGCUCCUGUGCAGGUCAAAGAGCUCACCUUUUCUUCCAGUAUUGCUUCUCACGACCUGAUGACCAAACUGAAGCGGGUGGAGAGCUGGUUGGAGAAGAAGCACCAUGUUAGGAUAACACUGCGCUCUCCACGCAAAGAGUCUACAAACAACUUGGAUGAAAACCUAGAGCAGAUGGUUCAUCAAAUGGAGGUGAUGGUGGGAUUUGUUUCAAAGCCAAAAGUCAUACGUGAGGGCCAAGCAGCCAUGUGUAUCCUUCGGCCACCUUCAGCAAAGGAACUGUCCAAAAGAGACAAAGAUCAACCUCCAUUGUUGCAGUCUGCCAGCCCAAAGGCUGCUGACAAUGAAACGUCGCCUCUGGACACAAAAGAGGACUCUUCAAUAAUGAUCAACAAGAAAUAGGACAUAUUUGCAAUUAAAAUAGACUGACUGGUUAGCACAUCAACCUCACAGUUCUGAGUUCCCGGAUUCAAAUCCAGCCUCCCCUGUGUGGAGUUUGCGUGUUCUCCCCGUUCCUGCGUGGGGUUUCUCUGGAUACUCCGGUUUCCUCCCACAUCCCAAAAACAUGCAUGCUGGGUUAAUUGAAGACUCUAAAUUUUCCACAGGUAUGAAUGUGAGUGUAAAUGUUUGCUUUGUCUCUGUGCCCUGCGAUUGGCUGCUCAACAAUUAAACAAUUCAAGCAUGGUUGGUCUAAAAUAAGAUAUAUUCUGGUUCUAAUGCAAAUGUUUUGGACAUGUCUUAAUUAACAGGUAAGGGGUUAGUCUCCACUGAGACUAAACUGAAUUAAAAAUUUUCUACAAAUGCUCUGGUCCUGGUGAUAACUGCCAUCUUCAGUAUUACUCCUAGCCAUGGAAGAUGCUCUAAUGUCACAGUCCUCACUUAAUUUGUCUUCUUUUGUGUAAGAGGCAGACACCAGAUGUUUACACUCCAGUCACAGAGUCAACAGCCUGGCCACUGUCACCUAAACAUGAUGUUAAAUGAAUAAUCCACUCAAAUGCUAAUAUCAAAUUAAUAGAUUAGAUGUCACUGAUUCUGCUAAUACUGGUACUCUUCUGACUGCAGUAUUCAGUUUUUUUUGUUUUGUUUUUUCAUCAACGAUAAAAUAAAUAAUAUG